AGAGCGAGCGCAUCGUGUCUAUCAGAGGGCGGGAAUGUAGAGUCAACGGGUGCGCAGCGUGUGGCUAGUCUGGAAGCGGCGGCAGGUAGACACCUGAAAGUCUCAACGGACACAGACUGAGUUGAGACUAAUUUCAAAUGACAAUGUAGACAAUUACAUUUACAGUCGAAAAGAAAAAGGAAACCUACCAACAGGAGGAUAAUGUAAAGACAUUUUGACGAACUUUGAUGAUACCAUUUCAACGCCAGCUGUGCUUGUCCAAGACGAAAGGUUGUCUUGAUGUGAGGCUACAUUGAGGUGAUUUGCAACGUUUCAUCAACACGGGACUUCAGUUGCAAAUGUCAAAUAUUGCAGUCUACUUUGCCUUAUCACGUCUCCUUCUGAACACUAUUGUUUUCAGUCUGUGGAGAGGAUUAGGGAACAUAAAAGGAAUACUCAAAGCACAGUUACUUCAAAGUGCGCAGCAGUCAAAGUAAGUAAACGUAGGGUUGGGGAGGAAACCGGGUUCGCAGUCGCAAUGGAAUUAGUGCUGAAGAAGUAUUCGUCCGUUCCAAACGUCGCUGGAAACUUCAACUAGGUUGUGUUACCGCUGGGAUGUUGACAGCGACCUGCUGUUUGGGACGGAGGGACUGAGAGCGAAGAAGGUAGGCUAGAGAGAACGAGGAACAGUGGGAUUAUGGCUCUCGCAACCGUUUCUCUCUGUCUAAUAGCGCUCGCCUUUACACAUUUGCACCUGACGCGUGCCAACGACCGACAUGCCGUCUAUUGGAACAGCUCAAAUUUACAUCUACGGACGGAGGGCUACACGGUGCAGGUGGCGGUGAACGACUACCUGGACAUCUACUGCCCACACUACAACACUACCGCCGCCAGCCAGCGGGGGACACUGGAGCGCACUGUGGCCGAGCAGUACGUCCUCUACAUGGUCAGCUACCGCGGCUACCGCACCUGCGACCCCCAGAUGGGCUUCAAGCGCUGGGAGUGCAACCGGCCGCAUGCGCCCCACGCACCCAUCAAGUUCUCUGAGAAGUUCCAGCGCUACAGUGCCUUCUCCCUGGGCUACGAGUUCAACGUGGGUCAUGAGUACUACUACAUAUCCACGCCCACCCAUCACCACGGCCACAGCUGCCUGAGACUGAGAGUCUACGUCUGCUGCUCCACGGUCUCCCAUGGUGAUGAUUCCAGUCAGACUCCACCUGACUACACAGUCAGGCCCAAUAUCAAAAUACACAACAUUGAUGAAUUUAACCCUGAAAUUCCCAAACUGGAGAAGAGCGUCAGUGGCAGCAGCCGAUCACGCGAUCGCCUUCUGCUCACCGUGGCAACACUGCUCAUCUCCGCCCUCCUGGUUUCCUAGCGACUGUCCCCCUGAGUGACAUCACAUGGAUAUCUGAAAUGCUUAGACUGAAGGGCUCUGUAUCCAUUGACCCCGGGUUCAAUUAGAAAGUGAGAGGGAACCAAGUAAAUGUCACACAAUUCAACCAAUCAAAAGCCAGAAUUACAAUCAAUUUGACACAACCAUAAAAAACAGGACUUACUCUCAAAUCGUAAUCACUCAAUUCUAUCUUAACUCACCUGUAGUCACUGUUGAUACACAGUUUGUGCGACGUCUUUGGUUCAUGCAUUGUCGGACAUACACUACGUGCAUAUGUGCCACUGCAUUUCAUGCAUUUGGUGUGCCACCACACGGACCAAAGCAGAAAAUGGCAUUCAGACUUAGACAUGAUACAGCCAUCAUGCCUAGGCUGCCUCUGGCUACACACACACAGUUAAAGUAGGGCAUGUGCAGUGGGAUUUGUAAUGGGAGUAUGGCUGCCUGUCUAUCUGCGAAGGAACUCGCAUGACAUUGUCUUCAGCUUGUCCCAAUAUGAAGGACCUUUGAGCUCUGUGGACUGGGAUGGCCAUAACUGGACUGGGCUCCACUGAGCCUGACCAAUGGACUGUCCAAUAGGCUUUGAUGGACGGAACUCAACUGGACUUGGCGUUGCUGCAGUACUGUGGACCAUGCUGGACUCUGCCAAGAUUCACUGUACUGUGCUGUGCCAUAUACUUGCAGCCAUUUCUCUACACUGCUGCCAUUCUACCGGAUGUUAACCCAUCUUUUACUGUCAUAGAUACGAGUUGGUCACACCGAGGCCCAGGUGUUGAUGGUGUUGACCGGAAGACAGAAAUAUUUUAAGAGAAUCUCUGUAAGGCCCUUAUCCAUCUCCUCUAGAUGGGCUCUAACUGUGGCUUUGUGGUGCAUAGAAAGGUCUAAAGCCCACAUGUCAAAGACAAAAUAGACGGUGCCCUUCAAGAACUGGUCCUAGAUCUGUUUUCAUAUCUGCCUUCAAACCUUAUUAACUGGAAUUAAAGAGACUCUGCACCUGUGCUUUGAGGGCAUUUCCAGAAGCACAGAUCUGUGUUUUUACCUGAUGCAUCUACCCAUAACACUUUGUCUGGGUUACAGGUAACAAUCUUGUAUCAAUAGUCAACAGAAUGG